AUGGCGGAAACUGGCGGCGCGAGGGUCCGCGGUUGCCCAGUAACUUCUACAGAUGCAACCAAGGGAAGGAACAGAACGCACGCAGCCGUGAACGCAGAGCCGGUGGACACCGUCAGAGCUGAAAGCGUUUCGGCAAAGAAGCCUCCCAACUCUGUGCUGGCAAGCAAUGACAACGGCGACUCUGGCUGCGACGCCUCGGGUGACACGUCUGUAGACUCGACCAAUGGUGCGAAAUCCCCUCCGUGCGGCGCGUCUGAGAGUAAAAACCAACUUCGGAAGCGACGGCGACAGGAGCGACACGAGCAAAGAAAGGAAUUUUGGAAAGCGAAGAAGAAGGAGCUAAAAGCGCAAAAGAGGUCGCGGCGACUUCAGUCUGUGGAGGGCGGUGAGAAGUCUCCCAGCGAAAGCGGAGGCUUCCCGGCAGAGAGUUGCCUUCCAGAGAGGGCGGAGAGAGUCAGCGCAGAAAGCACAGAGAGCAAAAGCACUCUUUCUCUAGCUGCGCAAGCGGAAGCUGGCAGGAGUGCGGAACAGAGGAAGACACCCCGACGGGCUCCACGGCCCUCACUAUGCAGACUUGCAGGAGUCAGCGCACCCGGCAGCGGCGACUGCCGUUGCAGAGAAACUGGUAAUGGGUGUUUGAACGCGGAUGACUCCGCCCCUGCUCCGACUCCGUCGCCCUGUGACAAAGAGCAUUCUUCCUCGAAGGCGCAACCCGUCACGCUCAUGUCGACGGCGGGCUCUGCGUGCUCUCGAUGCUCGGCGUGUUUGCGCGGCUCCGUAGGAAUUGUUGUCGACUGUGAUUUCGAGCAUCUUCAAACGGAGCGAGAAAUCCUGAGUCUCUCCCAGCAACUCAUGUACUCGUACGGCGCGUGCAGGCGGCACAACAAAGCAGCACAGCUCUCGUGUCGCACAGAGUCUGAAAGCGACUGCCCGAGAGAAGAAUCGAAAAGCGCCGAAAUGUGGAGAAGCGACCCCGGACGCGACGCGUGUUCUUCUGGGAGCAAUCCGUUGUCGGAGACAAGUGAGACAACGAAUGGGGCUCCGGUCGCAGGAGAAAGCGAGGACCACGGGUCAGAUACGCCGCAGAAGUCACGCGCUGCCGAAGGAGCACAAGGGUGCACAACACGGGAAGCGGCUGAGACAUCCAGUGUCACGCGACCGGUAACUCCGCACGGAGCCCGGGACACAGCCGAUUUGCAAGUGAACAGAGUUCCCAACUCGGACUCGGCGGCAGCCGGAAACGUGCGGACACACCAACGACCGGAAACGCCUUUUUCAGAUUCUCGACGUGAUGCUAGCGGGGAAGUCGAUAUCUGCCGAACUCGCGACGCGCCGGAAGGGAAGAAAGUUCUCCCCGUCUGUUUUUCGAUCGCGGGUGUGGGCCCGCAGUUGGCCGCGCACCUCAAUGCGUUUCAAGGUUUCCCGCGGUGGCGCUGCGAGGCGUACACCGAGCGCUUCAGUGAGCUCUACCUGAAUCGGAACCCUGUGCAGCGCCAGGCCGCGGACGCGCAGGAAGAGGCAAAUUCAGAACAGCUCGAAAGCGCGCCAGCGACCGCAGCAAGCAUCGAUUUUGUGGACGGGGCCACGCAGACAGGAGCGGACCCGCAAGUGGUCUACCUGAGCGGGGACGCCGAGGAGAUUCUCCAAGACAUGCGACCCGGCUAUCGCUAUGUGAUUGGCGGCGUGGUGGACCGCAACCGCCAUAAAGGAUUGACCGUUCGAAAGAGCAAGGAGGAGAAGGUGCACGCGGCUCGCCUCCCCAUCCGGGAAUAUCUGGGCAGAGAACUGGACGGCUCGGCUAUUCUGACUGUCAACCAGGUGGUAGAGAUUCUUCUUGGUUACCUGUCCACGCGCGACUGGCAUGCUGCUCUGGUCAAGGCCUUUCCCACUCGCAAGGGGAGAAGGGAGUCGGGAGUCCCGUAG